CUGGAAGAUGGGUCAAACUAAUCCAAACAAUUUAGCAAAGUGCUUUGUGGUGAACGAAUCAAGGAAUCGAGUACAUUGUAGGGCGUGAUCGUUUUGUAACAUGAUUCGCGAUUCCGGAUACGCUGCGAACACAACCAUGGCGCGGAAAGGUGUGCUGACCAUUGGGGAACGGUUUUGUAUCCGGUUGCUGAUGGUGGGCGGAGUGUUGCCGUUUCAGUACGUCGUUUCGACGAAUCGCUUUGUACAGAGCACUUUCCACUACAGGGGCUGCAUUGUGGGAACAGUGCUGUACGCCAUGCUGGGACCGUGGUUGUAUUGGAUCUCAGUAACGAGAAUAUUGCAUCCCGAUUCACAGCUCAACCAAUACAUGAUUGUGGUGCAGUUUGUCUGCAUGUACGUCGUAAUACUAACGUCACGGUUGAAAACACUAUCGAACCGUGAAAGACUGUGCCAGCUGCUAAACGCGCUGCUGGUGCUGCGAGAGCAGGUACUGCAAGGAUCCACGAAGGCUACUACCUUUCAGCAGGGUUUGGCACGAAGCCUGCUCACGAAACUGAUCGUAUUCGAUCUCGGCAUGAUGGUGCUAAGUGCAUCGUUCUUUCGCACAUUUAUAGAGCUGAAACAAUCGGUGAUUUAUUCGAUUUUAGGAGUUUGCAAUCUGCUGCAAGUCAGCAGCAUGAACGUUGCCGUUAAUUUGCUUAUGUUUGUGCUGUACAGUGGCAUUAACAUCUACGCACGAAUCAAUGCACACUGUAACGAUCUAGUGUACGGUUCGAAGGCUCCGAAUGAGAUCGUUCGGCUGUAUCUGAUGCACACGGAGGCGUCGCUCGUUGUGCAGAGUAUCGUCGAGCUCAUCAGCAUACCGAUACUGCUGUUAAGCGCGUGGUACUUUUUCAUCAUCGUAUUCUCGAUUUUCUACACCUACACCAGCCUUGUGCAGGAUCUGGAAGCUGGCUCGACGGAUGCACUGCGCAAUAUAAUCAACCCACUGGCGUUCUUUAUAAGUGAAGUGGGACAGGUGUACUUUAUGGUGUCGAGCUCGGCUACGUUUAGUCGGCAUGCGCGUCAAAUCAUACCGUGUCUCAGCAUGUACACUGGCCGAAUUACGGAUGUACCGGGCGAUCGUGCGAUCGAGCUACUGACGAUCGAGUACUUAAACCGAGACUAUGCAAUACGCAUCAAAGGACUGUUUACCAUCGACAACACGAUGCUGUUUGGUAUCGUUGCUAGUACUACCAGCUACAUGAUUAUUUUAGUACAAUACUACCUGCAGGAAUGAGCGGCAAACAUAAGAUAUUCAUGUCCAUUUGCUAAUAGUGGCGGUUGUGUGUGUGU